CUAGGAGCUGCGUCUUCGAGCAGAAAUAUCUGAGUAAAGCCGAGACCGUCUGGACGCCGUUUGCGUCUCGAAGUGUUCUGAUUGCAUCGUAACACAAACAAAGGGGCUGAAGGUUGGAGCAAAUUUUUUGUUCAAACGUACGGUAGACAGCUAGUCAAGAACAAAGCUAUUUUGCUCGUGCUAUGGGUGCAAAGUCCACGAAAACAAACCAGGAAGCCAAGGACUCACAACCAAAGUCAUCUCUACCAGUUCCUGUUGACAAUCAACUAUGUGCAACGUCAGACACCAAACCUCAAUCUUCUUCACUUAAUAACAUGCCGUCUGCUGCUACAAUUCCUCCUUCAGAAACACCAAAAUCCACAGAUUCCGAUUUCGAUGUCCAACAUGACAGUCCUGUGAAGACUAGAAGACCAAUUCCAAAAGGUUUAAGUUCUAAAACUUAUCCUGGUGUGUUCAAGCUUGUACUGGUAACUCAAGAAGAAACUGAAACAGGUAUUGCAACCAAGCCUGUACUUCAGCAGAAAGAGGUGGUCCGUUUAUGCCACAAGCUAGCACCAAAAAAGGUAAAAGCAAAAGCUGAUCCAUCAAAGCUAGUGCUCAGUGACCUUGACGAUAUUCCAUUAAGAAUAAUCGGCAUAUACGGCAAUGAUGAAGAAAUUGCGCAUUUUCUCUGUAAAGACUGCAAUUUUGAAGAAUCAAUUUAUUGUUUGAAAGAAAACGUGCGAGAGUAUCCGCGCGGUCUUUAUGCACUUCUUGCUCAACCAAACCUUCUGUUUGUUUUGUUUUUGCAAAGACAAUCAACAGCGACACAUUCAGGAAUUGAUAAAACUUCUGUGAGAUUUCUUCGAUACUUACGGGAAUUAUCUACCCACAUACACAUAGUUUUUGACUCUACUCAACUCAAAGAGUUGGAAAGACAAGCGAAUUACGAAGACGAAGACGACGAAUCUGACGAAGAUGAAGCUUAUACGAAACGACUAGCACCACAGAAACUGUUAAGCAUCAGUACAAGCGAUAUGAAAUUUGUCGAAGAAUUUCAGUGCGAUUUAUCGAAAUCCAUUCCUUCAUCAAAGUCCACCAAUUUGAUAGCUUCACACGGUCACGAGGGAUAUGCAAUUUUUCAAACUCUCACAUCUACAGCACUUCGACUAGAAUGCGAGCGAGCAGUAGAUCUUGACGCAAGAUUGAGUGAAUUUUCUAUCGUAGAAUCGCCAAAGAUGGUAUCUAUGGAGCUUCCAGUUACUAAGUCUGCUGAACUACUGUGUCUUAAUUGUGUCUCUACAUCAGCUGUCAGGCGUCUGCUAGCUGUCAUUCGAAAAAGCAGUAAAGAUUGUAACAAAGUUCUUGUAGUUGGCGGUCCCAUGAUACGACCUAACAGAGAAAUUCGCACUUUCUCCAACAUUGUGCCUACUGCGUUUGCGUUUAGAGAUAAACUAAUCAGCUGGUACGACAUAAACAAUAACGAAGUUUGCGUUUUUGAACUGGCCACCGAUUACAGGGAGAUGAAAAUCCUUCAUUGUAUACCACUUCCAGAAAGUUCCAGAAAGGACGAAAUAAAAUUUCAAGAAUUUUUGAAUGAAGAACGACUUCUUAUUGUUGACUGUCAUAAUCGUGGAAGAAUAAUAGAUGUAAACAGCAAGGAAGUUGUUAAAAGGUUUGAUCUGCCAGACGGUCUACUCGACCUGUGCAGUCUGUCAUCGACUUACUUGGUAUGCGCUCAUGCAAAUUCGUCUAGUCUUAGUUGUUCAAUCGUACAAAUUCAACCUUCAAAAGCGUCGGUCGUCGGAAGCUUUAAAAUAGACAUGCCACAUGUUCAUCUGCAAACGUUAAGGAUUGUCAAGUUCCACGGCCAUUGCUUCUUUACCGCAAUAGAUUCGCAUAGUUCAAAGUUGGUAUCAUGGAGAACGACUGCAAGUGAUCGUGACCAAACUGUACAAGCCAGAAAGACGUUUGCUGGCCCUGUAGACAUGUUGAAAGGGUUGCAAACCAUUUUUGAAGAAUAUUCUGUACGUCACUGUUACGAAAGUCACGUGAAACCGCUAGCUUUGUCGUUUCCAGUGUAUGAAGGAAGUACUUCUUUUAUCUCCAGGCUCGAAACAGCAAUGCAAAAUCGAAUACAAGCUUACUUGCGCAAGGUAAAGGAAAGGCUGCACAAGAAAGUGGACGAAAUCAAUCUAGAUGUUGUUGCUUUUAGUGCAAUGGAUGCACCAAGCUUACAACUAAGUGUUGAGGCGGUAUCUCUCGGGAACUGGGUUCGUCAACUCGUUCCUACUGUUCCAGUUCAAAUUGCUCGAAUUGAGAAUAGUUGUCUCGUGCCGGUGGUAAACGGACUUAAACUCACUGUUCACAAUGUCAAAAGCCCUGAGCAAUUGGUUCCAAAGUUAUCGUUUGGUUUAGUCGAAACACUCUUUGCAGACGCGGCAAUAAAGCAACUGCCGGUCAAAGUAGCUUCAGCACAAGGAAAGCAAAGCACGGGUAAAAGUUACUUUCUUAAUCAUCUUGCUGGGGCUCAUUUUGACACCUCUGGAUGGCGAUGUACCGAAGGCAUUUGGAUGUGCGCCAAGAUUUUGCCAGAUUUGCUUUUGGUUCUUCUUGAUUUUGAAGGCCGCAGCACUGAAGAACGGACAGUUCAAGAAGAUUGUUUACUGGCCAGUUUUGGUGCAGCACUUAGCUCAGUCGUUAUUAUGAAAAACGAAAUGCGCAUGGAAGUAAAUGACAUCAAUUUUCUAAGUCUGGCACUCAAAGAAGCAGCUCAGCGCCUUUCUACUGGAAAAUCUCAAAGCCACGCAUUAUAUAACGGAACCUUGUGUGUUGUACUAAAAGAUGUAAGUCACGAUGAUCGAGAAGCUGCAGGCGAAGUGGUAGAAAAAAUUCAGAAUCGUAUGUCGAAAGCAAUUCGAAACAUUUGUGACGACGAUUCUGAAGUAGUUGACGAUUCGGACAAAUUGAGAAAGGGGCUUUUUGAAAACUGCACCGUUACUUGCCAGAGACCUUUGACUCACAAACAUUUUUACAAAGCUUUGAAGUCGGUAAAGCGAGAAAUAGAUGAAAAGCCACGUAUUCCUAUACCCCACAGUGAAUUAGUGAUUACCAUGAAAUCAAUUCUUGCCAAUUUGCAUUUGAGCGGCGUUGUAAACGCAGAGGACACGUCAUACACUGUUUUAGAAGAUCGACUAGAUCGACACAUGGAGACUGCUAUUCAGUUUGGAGCUGUAGAAUUCACAGAUGGUAAUGUCAUCGAACACCUCACUUCUUACGAAGGAGACCGUACAGUUAUUGAGGACUGUAACGAUUCGAAGUAUUUUGGACUGAAUGACGCUGGCCUACAGUUGUGCUCUUGGAUGGCAGAUGAAAACUCUACCAACAUCAGCCGACAAACUGUUGUUGUGGCAGACAAGCAAGAAAAAUUUUUGUUGGACAGAUACCGCAAGAAAAUAAGUAAGCGAGACAAAGACGACACUGGAUGGGUGCUCAAUCUUCAAACCUUUUAUUUGGCAUUAGUUGAUAGAAGAAUUUCAAGAAUUAAAACCUGGAUCGACUUAAAUCUUCCUUGUGACAAAAAUCUCAACCAAACACUCAUACAAAGAAAGCGAAAUUUUUUAGAGCUUUGUGAUUCUCGCUACUUUGAGUCUUUACGAAAGAAAUGGGAAAUUUGCAAACACUUUUGCAGCCAAAGAAAAGCUCUAGAUACGCCAUGUUUGCGGCUAUGCAUCAGACUUGCUACUAUAUGUCAGUGUGAGGGAACAGGUUGUGACCGAUGUAACUGCUAUGAAACGAAUCACUUGUGCAACGAGCCUUGCUUUUACUGUUUACGCGGAAGGGAAUGCAAUUCGCAGAACCCUAAUCUUUGCGCAUAUGGAGCAAAACAUAAGGGCAAUCACAACUGUAGAAAAACAAAACAUCUGUGCAGCCAGCCUUGUCACAAACAGGAUAUAUCCCAUGGCUGUAAUAAAUACUGUCAAUACAGCAUUGUUGAUAAUCACCCUGUUCACGAAUGUGAAGCUCAGCACAAAUGCAUUAGCGAAUGCUCUGCUCAGAAUUGCACUUCCUCUUGUGAAUUUGAUCUGAAACAUUCCAUUACUGAUAGCGACAGAGAACACGAUUGCGGAAAGAAGGUCUGCUUGGAAGAAUGUUACAUAAAAGGUUGUAGCUUACCAUGUCGCAGUAGUGACCACUUCCAUUAUCUUGAUGAAGGUGAUCCACACUUUUGUAACAAAACAAGACAUCUUUGCGUUGACGCUCUCUGUUCAGUUAAUGGUGGUCGCUGUAACAACAAGGAGUCUUUUGGAAAGCUUCCGUGCUCUUUGACGAUUGAGGGAAAGCAACCUGAUCAUCCCGGACCGCAUUUUUGCGACACUGAUCACUUUUGCGAUGAGCAAUGUUCAUGUGGAUGCUUAGAAUAUUGCAUUAGAAAGUUGGAGAUGAGACGAGACGAAUCUAGAGGUCAACGCGCGUUUCUUGCUCACAAGGGAGCCUGCAGUACCAGUCAGCACACCUUCUCCAAUCGUACAGAAAAAGAGUUCCAAGAAACAAUCGAAAAGUUGUCGCAGAUCGCGCGCAAAGCUGUGCAAACAGGUGCAAUAGCAAUGACAAGCAAUGCUAUCACAGAGCAUCUACAUAGUUUCGGAGAACCUAGUAAAACCGUUAGUGAUUCAGAUGAUCAGUUUUACGGUUUGUGCGACGCAGGGUUAAAACUUUGUGACUGGUCUCAAUCAGAAUCCAGCGACGGGAGUUUGACAGUGUUGCCAUCGACUGCUGACUUUCUGGUAUUGCAGUUUAGAACAAAUUUUCCUACUACUAGAAAAGGAAACGACAAGUUCUGGAUAGAUAACUGCCAAGACUUUAUCAAUUCUGUCAUCGCUCGGAGAAUAGCUAGAGUCACGACCUGGAUUGAGAUUAAUUUUCCUGCUAAAGGACGUCUCAGCACCCAGCUGGUAUUGACGUUAGAUAGUCUCAUCGAAAUCUACAGAAAACAGUAUUUUUCUGUCUUGACUAAUGAAUGGAGGCUUUGUAGAAAUGUUUGCCAGCAAAAAACGGGAAAGUCUAAGCAAUGUCAAAGAGAAUGCUUGCGUUUAAGAAGCAUUUGUUGUAACAGCCAAUCGAAAGGAUGCGAGGACUGUGAUUGCUUAGAAGAAGAUCAUAGCUGUCCAGAAAAAUGCGACAACUGUCUCAACUCUUUAUCUGGUAUGUCUAAUCCUAAACUUUGCCAACUCGGCGCCGAGCACGAUCUUUAUGUACCACACAUGUGUGACGAACUUAGUCACAAAUGUAAAGAGAAAUGCUCAAAAUUGCAAGCACGAAACUGCAUGAAGAAAUGUAGUAUUUCUUAUGAAACCAAGCACGAUCGACAUCUUUGCGGCGCUGGUACCAAGCACAAAUGUACAAGUGUCUGUUCUGCUUGCGAAGAAAUUUGUGAUUUUGAGUUUGAGCACGAUGCCACUUCCUGUCAGACUUUACACAGGUGUGCUCAACUAAAGUGCAAUAAACUUUGCGAAAUGAAAGACUGUGAUUGCCAGUGCGCGGAGGACCAUUUGCACUGUAUUGAAGUGCCCCAAUCACCUCAUUUUUGUAGCAAAGAACAUGUUUGUGUUGGUCAUUCUUGCUCUGUGAAAGAAGGACGUUGUCUAAAAAUCAAGACAGUUAAAGCUCCAUGUGCUGUCCGCAUUCCAUCGAAACAGCAUUUUCACAAUGAAUCACAUUAUUGUGGAAAUGUUCACUACUGCAACCAACGGUGUCCUUGUGGUUGCAAUGAAGCGUGCACUAAGAAAAUGCAGCUUCAACAAAACGCGACUCAAAAAAUUUGUUUUGUGAAACAUGUCGGAUUCUGUCAUACAGAAAAGCAUACUUUUGCUGAUUCACCUGUGACAGGACUCGAUCAGCUUCUGGAUAAACUCGGUGUUACAGUCAAGCAAAAAACGGCAGUCGGAGUUAAAGAAAUCUCAAACGACGUGUCUGACUCAGUUGCUGGUAGUGCAGCAGAAGUUGCUGGUAGUGCAGCAAAAGUUGCUGGUAGUGCAGCAGAAGUUGCUUGUAAAUUUCAGCAGCAACUGUGUGCAGAAGGGUUUGGAAAGCUCAAAAAUUUUCGGGAACCUACGUUUCGUUUGUGUGAUGAGGAUAUGAAAGGAAAAGUCGUAGUUACACAUAAGUUACUAGUUUCAUUAAUUGCUGAAUUCAAGAAAAAGAAGAAUCGUGACGACGAAUCGGAAGUGCGUUGGAAGCAAAAACUGGAAACUUACAUAAGCGGAGUCAUCAAAAAGCGUAUAGACAGUGUAAUGGAAUUAAUUGGUAGGGAGCUCCCCAAAAACGAGUGCUUAGACUCAGACGUUGUAGUUUCGUCGCUGAACAGAUUCAAACAACGCUGCAGCAUUGAGAUAUUUGAACGUCUUCAAAAACAAUGGAAAUUGUGUCCUCGAGUCUGUUCUCAACGUGAAAUAGACUGUGAAAGAUGUCAAAGAAGUUGUCUAAAACUUGCAAUCGAAUGUGCUGAUAAUGCCCAAACUGUAGACUGCAAUUGCCUUGAAGACGAUCAUCGAUGUAAAGAAAAUUGCUCACAAUGCUUAAUAGCGUUUGGUUUGCAAAGUAAAAGGAAUUCUCUAAAGACUCGCUGCCUCUUUGGAGCAAGGCACAAAGACAAGCAACACCGCUGCUACAGAAAAGAGCAUCCAUGUCCAGAAAAGUGCAUGAAGUCUGCGGCACGAGGUUGUCUCGGAAUCUGCUCACGCAAAAUCGAAAACCAUCCAGAAUUGCAUCUGUGUAGCUCAGAAUCUAAACACAAAUGCACAGAGUUUUGUUCAGCAAAAGAUCUUGGAUGCAACAAACGGUGCGAAGAAGAAUUUGAGCACCAGCUACAGCAAAAUAAUUCCUUGCACUUUUGUGGAGAAGGACGAUGCAUGAAAAAGUGCCAACAUCUUGGAUGUUCUAGUGGGUGUGCGAUUAAAGAUCAUUUUCAUGGAAGAGAUAAGCGUGCUCGUCAUCUAUGCAAUAAGCUACGGCACGACUGCAAUGAGACUUGCACCGUGCAGGGUGGACGCUGUCCGGAUCGGUACGAUAUGUCCAAGAAUCCUUGUGUCGUACCCAUUAACGACAGUGGAAUAUCACACGAGGGUCCCCAUUAUUGCGGUCAUAUUCACUUCUGCAGCAAUCGUUGUCCUUGCUGUGAUGCAUUUUGCAACAAGCAAUUGGUCUUCGUCAAAGAUAAGCGACUACGCAUUACUGAAUUCAAAAGCCACAAAGGUCUUUGCAAUACUGACGCACAUCAAACAGCUAAGAACUUAACUAUCGAAAACUCUUUAGGUUAUACUGAAGCUUCCUGUAAAGGAGAAUGGUGUGGAAACGUCUGCAAUCGGCUUGGAAGAGGCCAUCUUCAUUUAGUUCCAUGCAAAACACAUAACUUUUGCACUGGCCGUCACACUAUGACCUCAAGUGGUCAGCGGUUAGAUCAAUUGCGUCAUGACAUCUUUUGGAAAGAAUUUGCUCAUUUUGAAGAUCCCUGCAAAGACAUACAGCAGCAAAAAAUUUUUAGGAUGUGUCCAGCGUACUGUUCGACAAAAGCAGAAAGUGAAAUGAAAUCAAACAGCGAAAGCUUUUGCAAAGGGGAACUUUGGCAUGCCGACUUUUUGAAAACUACCGAUGCAUGUAGUCAUGUGACAGAUGGACAUCGGUUUGAGUGUCGUCACUGCAGACACAUAAUUUUAGUAGUAGAUUGUUCAGGCUCAAUGCAAUCGCCUUUUAAUGCCGACAAAGGUUUUCAAGCAAUGCCAUCUACUGUGCAACCUAGGCGGAAGUUUAGCUAUGGGUCAAUAGAUACAGCUUGGAGCUUCAAACCUAGUCGCAGUCGUUUGGAUUGGGUAAAAAACGCUUCAAUAGAUUUUCUGAAACAACUAAAGGAAUCAUCAGAAACUACUAUGGUUUCUGUCAUUUCUUUUUCUGACUCGUCACAAACUGUUAUAGACAGUGCGGACGUAGCAACUGCUUGCCAACAUCUACAGAGUACCGAGUGGACUAAUGUUGGAGGUGGCGGAACUCGGUAUAUUCCUGCUGUUGAUCAAGUAAAGUCGAUCCUAAGCAUUGGCCGAAGUUUAAAGAUGAAACGUAAUUUUUAUUAUGAACCGGCGGUAUUCUUUUUGAGCGAUGGCUUGCCGGGUGAUACGGGUGCAGACACCGCCGUUAGACAGCUGGUAGCACAAUACAAAGCUACAUUUAGCACGUGCUUGUUUGGACCUGACGACCAUCAAGCUCAAGAGGUAUUGUUCCAAAUGUCAACAAGCGGACGUGGAAAAUUCUAUCGAGCUCCUACAGGUACAGAGCUGCAAAGAAAUCUUUACGAUUUCAAAGCGUUUCUCUACAAGACUCGGACUAUCAGUGGAUACUAUUAAAACGUCUUAUGCAGAUAGUAUAUAGUAAUACCAAAAGGAAGACAAACGACUGCAUGAUUUGUGCAGCAAUUUUACGAAACGUUUUGAGGUACGUUUUUAGUCUGUUGACAUAUAUAUCGCUAGGAUUGUAGUCAUUUAUUGUGUUGCUAUAUGGGCUUGUCAGUUGUGGCCGUUUUGAUGUAAUAGCUGACUAGGAUUGUUUAUAGGCUUUAGUCAUGUAAUUUUAUGGUACUGUAAAAGGGUGUAUGCAUAGUCUUUAUGUCUGUAGUUGUGAACAUUGGGAGGUUUUAAAUAUAUCUAAUCUGCACUAUUGUAUUAGAGACUAGACUACACUAGUAAAUGUUCGUACAUAUAUACCAUUG